ACUGCCAGGCAGACAAGCAUGGAAACCCCUCCCAAUGCCAAUGCCCAACCCUUCCGACAGCCUAGCUUUCUGAGUCGCCGGUUGAAGGGCUCGAUCAAGAGGGCAAAGAGUCAGCCUAAACUGGACCGUACCAACAGCUUCCGCCACAUGAUCCUCCCACGCUUCCGCAGCGCCGACCAGGAGAGGACUCGUCUGAUGCAGAGCUUUAAGGAGUCCCACUCCCAUGAGUCUUUGCUGUCCCCCAGCAGUGCGGCCGAGGCCCUGGACAUCACUCUGGAUGAAGAUGCCGUCAUCAAGCCAGUCCACUCCAGCAUACUGGGCCAGGAGUACUGCUUUGAGGUCACCACGGGGUCGGGGACAAAAUGUUUCGCCUGCCGCUCUGCUGCUGAGAGGGACAAGUGGAUCGAGAACCUUCAGCGGGCUGUUAAACCCAACAAGGACAACAGCCGACGAGUGGACAAUGUCCUCAAGCUGUGGAUCAUCGAGGCUCGGGAUCUGCCGGCCAAGAAGCGCUACUACUGCGAGCUGUACCUGGACGACAUGCUGUACGCGCGCACCACCAGCAAGCUACGCACCGACACCGUCUUCUGGGGAGAGCACUUCGAGUUCAACAACCUGCCCUCCAUCCGCAGUCUCCGCCUGCACCUCUACAAGGAGACGGACAAGAAAAAGAGAAAGGAGAAGAGCACCUACCUGGGCCUCCUCAGCAUCCCCAUCUCCAGCAUCACGGGCCGGCAGUUCGUGGAGCAGUGGUACCCGGUCAUCCAGCCCAGCAUCCUGGCCAAGGGAGGCGGCAUGGGGAGCGGCGGCAAGAUCAUCAACGCCUCGCUGCGCCUCAAGUCGCGCUACCAGACCAUGAGCAUCCUGCCCAUGGAGCUCUACAAGGAGUUUGCGGAGUACGUCACCAACAACUACCGCACUCUGUGCACAGUGCUGGAGCCGCUGCUGAGCGUCAAGAGCAAAGAGGAGGUGGCCUGUGCCCUCGUGCGCAUCCUGCAGAGCACAGGGAAGGCAAAGGACUUUCUGUCGGACAUGGCGAUGAGUGAAGUGGAUCGCUACAUUGACCGAGAACAUCUCAUCUUCAGGGACAACACGCUGGCCACCAAAGCCAUAGAGGAGUACCUCAAGCUCAUUGGCCACCGGUACCUCAAAGAUGCCAUAGGGGAGUUCAUCCGAGCCCUGUACGAGUCGGAAGAGAACUGCGAGGUGGACCCCAUGCAGACUCCGCCCUCCGUGCUCGCCGACCGCCAGGCCAACCUUCGCAUGUGCUGUGAGCUGGCGCUCUGCAAGAUCAUCAACUCUCAUUGCGUGUUCCCACGGGAGCUGAAGGAGGUCUUCUCCUCGUGGCGCGUGCGCUGUGCGGAGCGCGGGCGCGAGGACAUCGCAGACCGCCUCAUCAGCUCCUCGCUCUUCCUGCGCUUCCUGUGCCCCGCCGUCAUGUCGCCCUCGCUCUUCAACCUGACGCAGGAGUACCCGGGCCCGCGCACCUCGCGCACCCUCACCCUCAUCGCCAAGGUGGUGCAGAACCUGGCCAGCUUCUCCAAGUUCGGGGGUAAGGAGGACUACAUGUGUUUCAUGAAUGAGUUCCUGGAGAUGGAAUGGGGCUCCAUGCAGCAGUUCCUCUACGAGAUCUCCAACGUGGACUGUGGCAGCAAUGCGUGCCCCUUCGAGGGCUACAUCGACCUGGGCCGCGAGCUCUCCGUACUGCACAGCCUGCUCUGGGAGGUCAUGGCUCAACUAAGCAAGGACGCCAUUUUGAAGUUGGGCCCGUUGCCUAGGCUACUGAAUGACAUCAGUGUGGCACUGCGGAACCCGCAGCUGCAUCGGCAGGCCACCCAGCAACCGGAGCAGAGGCCGCCCGACCGCAUGAUGACGCGACCAGGCUUCAACCACAUGGUCUCCUCUGACUUCCAGAGCCUCAUGAUGCGCGACCUCAACAGCUCCAUAGACAUCUCCCGGCUGCCUUCGCCCUCCUCCGGCCUCCCGUCGGCGCUGGCCCACAUGGGCAUGGGUCCGUUUGGGGAACGGGACCCCCGCAUGUCCAAAGACCUGUUCUACGUGACCCGGCCGCCGCUCGCCCGCUCCAGCCCAGCCUACUGCACCAGCAGCUCAGACAUCACCGAACCGGACCAGAAGGUGCUGAGCGUGAACAAGAGCGUGUCGAUGAUGGACCUCCAGGACUCGCGCAUGAACAGCAUCUCCAACCUCCACUCGGAGGGCAUGGGCAUGGGCCUCAACUCCUCCCAGGCCUCCCUGGCCGGGCUGGGCAGCUUUGGGGUGCUCCGCGGGGGUGGAGGCGGAGGUGGAGGAGGAGGCCGCACCUCUGCAGGCUCGGGCGCGUCCAGCAUGUCACUGUCCCAGCAGCAGCAGCAGCAGGCGGCCGCCAUGCACGUGCCCCUGUCCUUCCAGAACCCUCUGUUCCACAUGGCUGCCGACGGGCCACUCAUGCACCACAUGCACCCGCACCCGCACCAGCAGGGCCACCCUCCGCCCCCUCUCCUCCUGGCCCCAGAGCCCGAGAACGGGGCGGGAGGCCCGGGGGGCUACAUGCCAGCGUUCGGGCGCGGCGGGUUUUCACGUAGCGAGGAUAUAGCGUCGCUGCGGCCGCAGAGCAGCCUGGUGCAGCCCAGCAUCAUCCACUCGCACAGCUACAGCGACGACUUCACACGCCAGAACCAGGACGCAGAGUACGUCCGGAGACAGCUCUCGCUGCAAGUGCAGGAGAACCUCCAGCAGCAGGUGUUGAUGGGCAUGGCCCCGUCGGGCCCUGGCACAGCGUCGGGCAUGGGCACCCCGGCCUCCAUCGCCACCCCUCCCACCACCAUCCACCCGGUGCGCCAGGCCUCCACGGCCAUCAGCCCCCUGGCCCCUCCGCCUCCCCCGCGGGUCAAGCCCCAGCCCCCCCACCAGCUGUCGGUCAGCGCCACCUCCACGCCACCCAAGGCCCGACCCCAGAGCGGCAGCAACCUGCUGCAGUCCCCCGAGUCCAGUUUUGGGGCACGGCCACAGCCUCGCCAACAGCUCUCGGUGAAGGACAGCCCAGCGCCGGGCCUCCCCCACCAGCCUAGUGUGGCGGCCGAGACUCCCGCCCCAGAGGGGGCGCCAGAGGGCACCACGGACACACCCAAGAAGAACCAGACGCCGGCCAAGUCCCCCCAGCAGCAGGCAGCACAGCAGUUGCUGAAGCCCUCGAGCACAGCAAAGCCGGGCACCAAAUCCCCAUCCACGCUGACCCCCUCGAGCGCGGCGUCGGAGCGCACGGUGGCGUGGGUGUCCAACAUGCCGCACCUCUCCGCCGACAUCGAGAGCCUGCGCGUGGACCCGGAGUUCAAGCUGAAGGAGCACUCCAAGAGCAUGGACGAGUCUCGCCUGGAGCGGGUGCGUGAGUACGAGGAGGAGAUCCACUCCCUGAAGGAGCGGCUGAUGAUGUCGCACCGCAAGCUGGAGGAGUACGAGCGGCGGCUGCAGUCCCAGGAGGUGACGACCAGCAAGAUCCUCCAGCAGUACCAGAGCCGGCUGGACGACAGCGAGCGCAAGCUGCGACAGCAGCAGGUGGAGAAGGACUCGCAGAUCAAGGGCAUCAUCAACAGGUUAAUGGCGGUGGAAGAUGAGCUUCGCACUGGUGGCAUGCCUGAGGUAAAAACCCGCCUGUUCCCUGGGCAGGAAGAGCCAUACUCCUCCCUUGGCUCCGUCGUGGACCCCUGCCACGUGCCGGGGGGCACCCCGGGGUCGGGGCCCUCGUCCCUGGGCACGUCCUCUGCCGGCUCCCCCUGGAACAGCGGCGCCCUGCCCCCGCUGCCUCCACGCCUCCUCAUCAGCCACAAUGGCGGCCUCCCCUCCGCGGCGGCCAUCGCCAUGAACGCGGUGCGCACAGCUACCUGGAGCACGGACAGAGCGCCCGGCUUCCCUGGGGGACGCGUGGCCUAA